CCUCUGAUUCCCAAAACCCUUCGUGUACAUCUCGCACUUGUCACUCUCAUCUCCCAAAAAAAAAAAAAAACACCCCAAGGAAAUGGCUCUCUCCAAACCCCUCUUCUUCUCCCAUCACCUCCGGUCGCUAAAACCAUACUACGCACCCGCUGCCUUCCCCUUCGCUUCUCACCUCCGCCUUCUCUCCUUCGCCACCCCGGAGGAGGCCGCCGCCGAGCGCCGCCGUCGCAAGCGCCGCCUCCGCAUCGAGCCGCCACUCUCCUCCCUCCGCCACCAGCAGCAUCCACCCGCCUCCUCCGCCCCUCCGCCUCGGUCACCAAGGACGGCCCCCAACCCCAACGCCCCCAAGCUGCCGGAGCCCAUCUCCGCCCUCGCCGGCAGCCGCCUCAACCUCCACAAUCGCAUCCUCACUCUCAUCCGCGAGAACGACCUCGACGAGGCCGCCCUCCUCGUCCGCCACUCCAUCUACUCCAACUGCCGGCCCACCAUCUUCACUGCCAACGCCGUCCUCUACGCCCUCCUCCGCCAGUCCCGCUACGCCGACCUCCUCUCCCUCCACCGCUUCAUCACCCAGGCGAACGUCGCCCCCACCGUCAUCACCGUCAACCUUCUCCUGCAAGCCUACUGCGACUGCCGCAAGACCGACAUCGCCCUCGAGCACUUCCGCCUACUCCUCAAGGACGAUGCCCCCUUCCCCCCCUCCCCCACCACCUACCGCAUCGUCACCAAGGGCCUCAUCGACAACAGCAAGCUCGAUCAGGCCCUCGAGUUCAAGGACGACAUGCUUGCCAAGGCCGUCGUGCCUCCCGACCCCGUCGUCUACAACCACCUAAUGUGGGGCUUCGUUAAGAAAGGCGACCCCGACAAGGUCGUCUCCCUCUACGAGGAGCUGCUUGAGAAGCUCGGUGGCGGGAAGAUCCUCGACGGCAUCGUGUAUGGUAACCUCAUGAAGGGGUACUUCGGGAAAGAGAUGGAGAAGGAGGCGAUGGAGACAUACCACGACGUCCUCGGCGAGGGCUCCAAGGUUAGGUUUGGUGCGGUGAGCUAUAACCAGGUGCUGGAUGCACUGGGGAGGAACGGGAAGCUGGAGGAAGCCAUUACACUGUUCGACCGGAUGCUGAAGGAGCACGACCCACCAAGGACUAUCACCGUCAAUCUGGGGACCUUCAAUGUGAUGGUGGAUGCCUACUGCCUUGCCGGGAGGUUCCAGGACGCGGUCACGGUCUUUGGGCGGAUGGGCGAGCAGAAGUGCACCCCCGACGCGCUGUCUUAUAACAAUUUGAUCGAACAGCUGGGGAGCAACAAGUUGGUCGCGGAGGCAGAGGAAUUGUACAAGGAAAUGGGCGAGCGCGGGAUCAAUCCGGAUGAGUACACGUAUGUUCUGCUGGUGGAAGCAUGUUUUGGAGUGGAUAGGGUGGACGACGCCACAGCGUACUUCCAGAAGAUGGUGGAGUUGGGGUUGCGGCCAAAUGCAACCGCGUACAAUAAGGUCAUCGGAGGACUGGCGAACGUGGUAACGCUCGACGAAGCCAAGAACUUCUUCGACCAGAUGUUGGAGACGGAGGUGAAACCAAACGUCGCGAGUUACGAGCUGUUGCUGAAAGGUUUCAUCGACUGUGGCCGAUUGGAAGAUGGUCUUAAGACGCUCAAGGAUCUGCUGCUGGAUGAUGGGGUGACAUUGAGCCAAGAAAUGAAGGAGCUCGUGGAGGAGGCACUGAGGAAAGAAGGGAGAGAUGAGGAGAUGGGGAAAGUGUACGAGGAUGUCGAGAGGGAGAAGGCGGAACGAUUGGCUCGGGAAGCAGAAGAGAAAGCGAGAGCCGAGGCGCUUGCCAGGGAAGAAGAGGAGAGGAAGAAGAGGGAAGCCGCGGAGAAGGAAGCUGCUGCUGCCAGAGCUAGUGCUGCAGCUAUCGAGGCGAUUCUGGGACGGAAAAAGGAUGCUGCCAAAGAGGAGUCUCCUGCUGGUGGUGGUGAAGAGAAGAAUGGAAGCGUGGAGUCUAAGCCUACUGAUGCACCACCGGAAGGGGAAGUUCUUGCAGAAGCAAGGAAUGGUGGUGAGGGAACAGAGGGAGCUGGAGAUCCUUCUCAACAGGUAUCUACUACAUGAAAUUGAGAUAGUUUCAGAAAAUGCAUUCGGGAAGAACAUCUUGUGCAUGAUAUAUUUGUUGGCUGCUGUAUCUCUCGAGUUACAGUAUCAAGUUCAUCAUAACUUGCCAUGUAGGGGUAUAAUGCAUCUGAUUGACAUGGCUUAUAUGUUCUUGAGGAUU